AUGGCUCUCCACCACUUCCACAAUGACCUGGUCCCCUUCCCAACCCCCUGGCGAAACCGCAACGUCUACCACAACAAUCUCCACCUCGGCGGCGGUGGUGGAGGAGGCAGCCUCUACCAUCCCUUGAGUCUCCCCCCACGGCAUCGCCUCCUCAGCCGUCCGGACAAUUUCAAGGAAGUCAAAGCCUUUCGCAACCUCUACGACAAAAGCCUCGCCGACCACGCCGGCGACCUGGGCUGGUCCCUCGACUACGCCACCGCCUGGCUCUACCGCUUCCUCGUCACCAACCGCACGGAAAUCGCCGAGUGCAUCGAUUGCAUCCGCGAGCUGGGAGAGGAGGAUCUGGUGAUGCGCGACACGCCGUUUCUGAUCUUCAACCAUCUGGACGCGGCGUGUUUCGGGAGCAAAUUGCGGAAUAUGGUGUAUCUGAGGUGGAAGAGUCUACCCGGGAAUCUGAUGGGGAGAACGAGUGCGCCGGGGAUUAUUGGGUCGAGGGUCACGAUUGAAUUGAAUUGUAUACCUUUUGAUCUGGUGGACGAGGGGGAGGAGGGCGAUGAGGAGGAUCGGAUUGAUGAAUUGUCGGAGGCUCUGAUACAUCAGAUGAUUCAUGCGUGGUUUUUGGUGGCUUGUGGAGCACAGAAGAGAGGGGAUGAGCCGGAUGGGAGGAUGACGGACGGGUUACAUUUUGGGGUCAUCCUGCGGACCAUCGCGGACAUUUCGAAUUCUUGCGAAGAGGGACCGUUGCGGUUGACGUUUCACGCGCAUAAGAGGAGGGAACUGUAUCGUGAUGUGGGAGGAUUGGACCUCCCUGCUGGUCUGUGGGAUGCGCAUCUCCACGGCGGCGGCAAUCCCUUCCUCUCCCUCUCGCCCCACGACCACGCCAUCGGCCCGCUGCCCUCGGAUGGCCAGACGCACUGCAUGCACGACAACCGCGGCGUCAGUCGCGCACGCAUCCAAAACUGGCAAGUGGAAAGCUACAGCAAAUUCCUGGACCUGGACAUGUCGGCCAAGGGCGACACCAUCUUCGACAUCCUCGACGACGGCAAGUUCAAGGAAUUCUCCCGCCUCGAGGCACCGCCCAGCGCCACGUACGCCGAGCUCGUCUGGGACAAGAAGCACAUCAUGGUGAACCGGGAGCGGGCGUUGAAGUUCGAGAGUAUCGAAUGGCCGCUCAAGAAACACGGGCGGUAUGAAUUGGAAGUCCCCAAGAUCUGCGACGUCGAGACGUUGAUGUGCGUGUACAAUUUCAUCCAGAAGGGGGAAUACCCCGGUGGCGGGGAUGUGAUUCUCACCGACGGCGGGUUGUGGAAUCGCGAACAUAUCGCCGUCGCGCCUCUGCGCGCCGCACGAGCGGGACCUCCUGUGCUCAGCAGGAGGGGCAUGAUGUCUCUGAUGAUGAAAUCCGACCUCGUCCUUCCUCCUCAACAACAACGUCCGCCGGCGGCCCGCGAACUCGCCCUCGACGCCCUGAAGCAUAUCCGCGUCUUCAAAGUCGCGGAGAAGAUCAAAUUCGAAGAACUGCUCGCCCACGCGCUCGCGAAGCUCUGGGGCGUCGUGGACCUGUCGGACCACCCGAUGAGCGUCCUGGAUGAGUUGUAUGAUUUGCACGCCGCGAAGCAUCCGGGGCCCGUGCAUCCGGAAUUGCACCGGUGGAGUCGGGAGUUCUUGAUGAGGAGGGAUGAUGAUGAGGGGGAGGGGGAGGGGGGCAAUCUGUUGGCGCGGCAAUUGCUCCUUGGUGGUGCUGCUGCGGGAAUGGGAAUGGGAAUGGGAAUGGGCAUGAUGGGAGCAGGGGGCAUGGGCAUGGGCAUGGGCACGAAGAAUUUGAAAAAGCUGAAAACGUGGUAUCCCCAGCGCUUUCAGCGGUUAUACUUCAAGAGCGAGGCCUUUCGGCAGGAUGUGGAUCUGGCGAGGGGGUAUCGGUCGAGGAGGGAGGAGGCUGCUCUACAGGCUCUGAUGAACGGCGGUGGUGAAGAAGAUCCCCUACAAGCAGCGUUGUGGGGUGCAGCAGCAGCAGCAGCAGGAGGAGGAGCGCCGCCCCUGAUGCUCACGGCCGGGAGGGUGCGGCAGCAGCAGCGGCAGCGGCAGGAUUCUCUGCAUCAGAUGCAUCAGAUGCAUCAGAGUGUUCUGGAGGAGGAGGAGGAGGAUGAUGUACAGUUUGGAGGUGUAGGCGGGGCAAUCCAUCAGGUGAGUGCAACGAGGGGGCAAGACGGGCCCGAGACGAGAAAACACUGACUGACUGACAUGAGCAAGCAGCUCUUCGGACACGGACACGGACACGGACACGGACACGGACACGGAAUCGGAAGUCUCGCCGGCAAUUUAGCAGGAGUAGGCGUCCACGGGGGCAUCGGCGGUGUGUUUUUAUGA